AUGGGCAAGUUGGACUACUCCAAGUGGGAUAACCUCGAGCUGUCCGACGACUCGGACAUUGAGGUGCACCCGAACGUGGACAAGAACUCGUUUAUCAAAUGGAAGCAGCGUGAUAUCCACGAAAAGCGCGAAAUGCGCAAGAUUGAGCGGUCGCAGCUCGAGGCGGAGGAGCGCACGAACACCGACUUGACUCCCGAGCUCACGCGGCUCGUGAGCAGCACGCGCAGCGAGGGCGCGAGCUUUUAUCAGCGAGAGCUUGCACGCCUGGUUGCGGGCCGUGCCGAACGCGGCAACAAGGACGGCCCUGACGGCCCGACGCUCGACGACAUGCUCCUCUCGCUCCUCCUCCAGAUCAAUCAGGAGGACAAGGUGAAGGAGAAGGCAAACUCGCCCGAGCUUGGCGAUGUGCUUGUCGCGACGCUCGAAAGCCACAUGAAGCGCCUUGCCGAGCGCCAACAAACGGUGCACGCCAAGCUCAAGGAGAUGGACGAGGAGGACAAGCGCAAGAUUACGAGCGACAGUCUUCACGACGGAUGGGACAGCGGCCAUGUGGCCAAGCCCGAGGCGCCUGUGCAAAAGCCGCCCGCGAAAAAGACGACGCAACAGAUCGAGACGCUGAACCCCGGCGCGUCCCACAGCAGUGCCCCCCCCAAGAGCGGCAACGACUCGGACGCAGAGGACGAAGAGGUGCCGACCGUCACGCCGGUGAUGAAGACGUUUGCGAGCCUUCCCUCGGCGCUGGCCGGUGUUCCCUUCGCUACCAAGGCCUUCCCCGAAGGCUUCAACCCCGCCAAGCAGCUCAAGCUGGAAGCGUUCCAGGAGACGUUCCAGUACCUCGGCUCGCACAAAGAGCUGCUGGAUGAGUCGUACGGCGCAUCGGACGCCCUACUGAUGCAGGCCUUUGAAUCGCAAAUGGCCGGCCAAAAAGCGCUCGCACGUCUGUGCACCGAGAAGGCGCUGCUGGUGCAGUACUGCAACAAGCUCGGCCGCGACGGUGUGAGCCUCUUUUUCAAGCGGAUGCUCUCGCCCGACGGCCGCGCAGCCUCUGUCUUUUUGAACGACGUUCUGGCUACCUAUGACCGCAUUGCGUCGCGUGCCGAUACCCUGGCGAAGCAGUACAAGGACGACGGCGAAGGUGCCGAGCAGAUCCAGCUCAUGGCCGAGGACCCCAACACGGUCAUUUCUUUCGAUAUUCCCGACGGACCGCCCCCCGAGGACAUUACGAUCGAGGGCGAGGGCGCCGAGACGAUGGACGUCGGCCAGGUCCGUGCGUGGCUGCAGCGCCGCUGGGAAAUUUUCAACGGCUUUGACGAGGACUUCCGCGAGGCGCUCAAAACCAAGAGCCUCGAUCGCGUGAAUGCUGCUCUCGGCAAGAUGCCCGUCGAGAAGGCCGAGGUCGCGGUCCAGGAGCUCGAUCAGGCGGGCAUCCUCAACUUUAGCUCUACCGAGGUCCGUGACGAGACCGGCCGCAGCUAG